AUGUCAAAGUUAUUCAUUGGCGGAUUGUCAUGGAAUACGGAUGAUGCUACUCUGCGACGGAAGUUUGAGGAAUUUGGGACAGUAGAAGAAGCGGCUGUUGUGAUAGAUAAAGAGACUGGCCGCUCCAGAGGCUUUGGCUUUGUUCGCUUUAGCUGUGAUGACGAAGCCAAUGCAGCUAUGAAUGAAAUGAAAGAUGCGGAGUUUGACGGCAGGAGAAUCCAUGUUGACAAAGCUACUGAGCGCAGGUCAGCAGGUGGCUCCAGGUCGGGAGGAUAUGGAGGAUAUUAG